AAGGCAAUGUAGCCUCGGAUCCAAUCUCAUCUCUUCCUCUCACUAUACUCUAACUUCCAUGGAAUCACAGACACAGUAAUAAGCAUCGAGAGACCUUUGUGUUAGACCACGAAAAACGGCGGCGUCCAACGCCGUCGUCGCCAAGAUACCUAUAAAUACUCCUCUUUUCCAACGCCCCACGUUUCCCUUUCUCCAACCAUAUUUCAUUCUCCCCAACAUUCACAGGAAUCAGAUACCUCUCUCUCUCUAGAAUCAACUCCACUCAUUUAUAUCUUCUCGCUUCACGCCGUGGCAAUGGAUCCACCGCUAGGGUUUUAGCAUCUCAAUAAUUUCUGCAAAUAGCUGGACAAUUUUUUUUUCUGUUUAAUUUUUUGUUUUAGUUAAGAAAUUAGCAUAGAAUGAAGCCAAAGGGGGAGCCUAUUCGCUCGGGUAAGCUGCUGAAGUAUGCAUUCAUGGGGUUAUUAGUGUUUCUAGGGUUAAUUUGCCUGCUGUACGGCUCACGGUUCUCCGGUGGUUUGCCACGCGGCAACGACUCAUUCGACGACUUCGGUGUUGACCCCGUCACGGGGAGAUUUGUGAAGAAGGAUUUCGAUGAAUUGUUCGAUGACGAGGAGCGGAAUCCUGAGGUUCCGAAGAGCAUUCCGGUCUGUGAUUUGAGAUACUCGGAGCUGAUUCCGUGUUUAGAUAGGAAUUUGAUCUACCAGAUGCGGCUGAAGGUGAAUUUGAGCUUGAUGGAGCACUACGAGAGGCAUUGUCCGCCGCCGGAGCGCCGUUUCAAUUGCCGGAUUCCUCCGCCAGCUGGCUACAAGAUCCCAAUUAGAUGGCCGAUGAGUAGGGAUCAUGUUUGGAAGGCCAACAUACCCCACACACAUCUUGCAAAGGAAAAAUCGGAUCAGAAUUGGAUGGUUGUGGAAGGGGAGAAGAUCAAGUUCCCUGGUGGAGGAACUCAUUUUCAUUAUGGAGCAGACAAAUACAUCGCAGCUAUUGCAGGGAUGCUGAAGUUUCCUGGUGAAAGGCUCGAUAAUAGUGGCCAUAUCCGGAAUGUUCUUGAUGUGGGAUGUGGGGUUGCAAGUUUUGGCGCGUAUCUCCUCCCACUGAAUAUCAUAGCCAUGUCGCUAGCCCCUAAUGAUGUUCACGAGAAUCAAAUACAGUUUGCGUUGGAGAGGGGCAUUCCUGCAACUUUAGGUGUUUUGGGGACAAAAAGACUACCUUACCCUAGUAGGUCCUUUGAGCUGGCUCAUUGCUCCCGUUGCCGGAUAGAUUGGCUCCAGAGGGAUGGUCUGCUUUUGUUGGAACUAGACAGAUUGCUGAGGCCGGGAGGCUAUUUUGUCUACUCGUCACCUGAAGCUUAUGCGCAUGAUGUGGAGAAUCGAAGAAUUUGGAAUUCUAUGCACGACCUUCUGGGAAGAAUGUGCUGGAGAGUCGUUGUGAGGAAAGAUCAGACAGUGAUAUGGGCUAAGCCACCUAGUAAUAAUUGCUACACAAGAAGAAGUCAUGGAACUCUCCCACAACUGUGCAGUUCAGAUGACGAUCCAGAUGCAGCAUGGAAUGUGCCUAUGAAGGCAUGCAUCACUCCCUAUUCAGCAAAAAUGCAUCAAACAAAGGGAACUUUUCUAGAACCUUGGCCUCGGAGGCUUACAUCUGCAUCUCCUCGAUUGGAAGAAAUCGGUAUAAGUGCUGAUGCAUUCCGGAAAGAUACAGAUGUGUGGCAUAGCAGAGUGACUGAGUAUUGGAAACAGAUGAAAUCUGUUAUGCAGCGGAACUCAGUAAGAAAUGUCAUGGACAUGAACUCGAAUCUUGGGGGCUUUGCUGCAGCUCUUAAAGACAAGGAUGCUUGGGUCAUGAACGUUGCUCCAGUAAAUGCGUCAGUCAAGUUGAAGAUAGUCUAUGAUCGAGGCUUGAUUGGAUCGGUGCAUGACUGGUGUGAGUCAUUUUCAACUUAUCCUCGCACCUACGACUUGCUUCACGCCUGGUCCGUCUUCUCAGAGAUCCAGGAGAGAGGUUGCAGCUUUGAGGAUUUGCUGAUCGAGAUGGACCGGAUACUAAGGCCUGACGGCUUCAUUAUCAUCAGGGACAAACCUUCUGUGAUCAAUUAUGUACAUAAAUUCCUGGCUUCUCUGAAGUGGGACAAAUGGUCCUCGGAGGUUGAGCCCAGCAGCGAUGCUCUGUCCACAGGUGAAGAACGUGUUCUGAUUGCCAGAAAACGACUGUGGGAGGAGAUUAGGAAGGAGUAACCCUAAAUGGCUUGCUUUUCAAAGAUGUCUGUUUCACUAACUGCAUGGUUGUAAUGAAAUGUUUAGAUCGUCAUCCAAGCUUGUUUACAUUUGUCUUGUCAUGAACUUCGCAUAACGCAGUAGAUGUAGUUCUAGUUCAUCCUAUAUUCUGUUUGGUUGUGAAUCGAGAAUAGCCCAACUCUGAAGGGUUGAGCUAGAAAUUUUGUAUUCUCUAUCAAGUUGACAUCUCAAUGUUACUUUUCAUCAUCUCUCUCUCUCA